UCUCCUCUGGAAUAUUUAAGAAUGAUCAAUUUGCUUAAGAAACCUUACAAGAAAAAGUCAAACAAAUUCCAGCCUUUUAAGAAGUUUUUCGGUCGGCGGAAAAAACGGGAGGCGACGCCGGAUUGCGAGGAUGCCAAGCUGAAACCCAGCCAUUCCUUUGGAAAUGUCUGCAAUGGCAUGCUCUCUUCCGAUGAAGAGACCAACGAUGGCUUGAGGUCUUCCAGUUAUAGUAUGGGAACACGGGCCUUUUCCCAUGACAGCAUUUUCAUACCUGAUGGGCGAGCAGAGAGUGAAGAGUCUGUUCAAGCAAUGUCCCAGGACAACAUCCUAGGCAAAGUCAAAACCCUUCAGCAACAGUUGGCCAAGAAUAUAAAAUUUGGCCAACCCCAGCAAAUGACUGUUUCAGUGAAGACGAUUGGGGAGUCAAACGCGAGUUUGGAAGCGGAUGUGUUACUGAGCAGCCCCAUGGAGACUGAGACGCAGCAGGACUCGGCCCUUUUGGAGAACUAUAAUAAAUCAGGUGGCACGCCGGACGCGUUAAGCCCAGAAAGUUUGCGUGGAACAAGGCAUGAAGUGGAAGAGAAGAUUACUCCAGUCAAGUCGUCUCGGCCAAAAAGACAUCACUCUCCUUCCGGCACGAUUGAAACAGUCAAUCUCGAUGCAAUCCCUCCGGUGAUUGCCCGUCUGGACAACAGCGCAGCAAAGCACAAACUUGCGAUUAAGCCAAAAAACCAGAGGGUGUCAAAGAAGCACAGAAGGCUACUAAAGGAGCCACAAAGCACGACGGAGUUUGAACAAGAAAUCGCAGAAACUCAAAGGUAUGAAGACAAAGUCUUAAAACACAAUGGCCAUCAUGUUGCAGACAAGCCGAUCCAGGAUGCAGAAGGCCGAGAGCAGAAAGAAGAAAAAAGGAAGCAUGAAGAUUAUUGGCAAAACCUUGAGCCUGAGCAGAAAGUACAGAUGGCUGAAGCAGAAGUAAAACACCAUCUGGACCACAAAAGACUUCAAGAGAGCCAAAGGGAAGAAGAAGGGAAAAAACAAAAGCUCCAAGAGGAAGAGCAGUUUUUUAAAACGGAGGAGAGAAAGGGACCAGAAGAGAAAAGGCAUGAAGAACAGGAAUGCAGUUGCAAAGGACUGGGAGAGCAGAGGGUGGAUGAGGGGCUUUGGGAUUGGCCAGAACAAAUGCAACAGGAAGAACAAAAGCAUCAGGAAACAAAGGAACAAAAGCCACAGGAAGGACAAAAGCCAUCGAAAGGACAAAGGCUCUGUGAACUGGAGGUACAAAGGCAACCCGAAGAACCAAGGCAUCAGAAAUGGGAAGAACAAAUGCCAUGGGAAGAACAAAGAUGCCACAAGCUAGAUGAACAAAGGCAUCAGGAGCUGGCAGGACAGGAAAUGGAGGGACCAAAAGGAAAAGAAGAAAAUGGUAGUCAAGAUUUAGAGGAGAAAAGCCAGCAUGAAAAGCUGUUACAGCAAGACUGGAGAAACAAGAGACCAGGUCAGGAGAAGCAGACACAAAAACGAGGGCAUCAGGAACUGAAGAGGCAGAGACAACGAGAACUAGAAGAACAAGUGCACGAGACUGGCAAGUGGGAUGCCCCAAACCCACAAGUACUGCAAAUGCAAAAGAGAGAAACAGGACCGAGACGACAACAAGAAGACAAAAACUUAAAUGUAGAAGACGAUGAGAAAUUGCAAGGGAAAGGAGCAGCUGUGAAGUCAGAGGAGCAAAAGAGGGCCGAAGAACCACUGCGGCGUCUGGAGCAGGAAAGAAAAGGCAAUGAUGAAGAAACCCAGCAAGAAGUAGAGAAGAAUAUGAAGCCAGCAGGGCAUGGGAAAGGUGAAUGGACACAAUUAAAGCAGCCUCCAGCCGAAAAGAAGGUCCAACAGGAAGAUAUGGUAGAGAAGAAAGCAGCACACCUACCAGAAGGACAGAAAAGUCCUAGUUUGAAAGUACACCAGCCACCAGUAAACCCAAAAGAACGUGACAAAUCUUUCCAGUUGCCACUGGACAAACAAGUGCAUACAGAAGAGAAACCUUUAGAAACUGUAGAGCUUCCUGUUCAAGAAGAACGAAGCCCACAAAAGGUAAAGCAGCCAGACAGAGAGCCGAAGGAAGACGAAACGCUAAGACGCAGUCAGAGAAGUAACAUCGAUGCUCAGGAACAAGAAAGGAUCCUAGGAGAAGAGCUACGCUGGCAGGAAGUUGAUGCACGGCAAAAUAUGCCCAGGGGGUUCACCUUUCAAGUUUCUUCUGGAGAAAAACAAAUCAUAUUUCAAAAAGUGAAUCUGAGCCCAGUCACUCCUAUGAAAGAGGCACCGGCUCCUUCCUCCUCAAAGGAACCAAAGGCUCCUCAGCCUAGUAUGGGUGAUCAUGCUCUUCCGUCCUCUUUGGGCAUCCCACAUACGGCAAUUUUGGUCACCGGAGCGCAGCUCUGCGGCACAGCAGUCAAUCUGAAUCAGAUCAAAGAUACCGCCUGUAAAUCUUUCCUUGGUUUAACAGAAGAAAGAAAAACUAUGGAUGCAGCGUUGACAGAAGAUACGCCGAGACUGUCGCCUGACGCCAAGCUUAGCAUCAAAAUGAAGGCGGUGCAGGAUCCAUUGAACAACGAAGCCAUACUGGCUGAGUGGGCGACCAUUCGAUCCAAAAUCCUAAAAAGCGCAGAAGCUGGAAAAGGGAAUGAGAAAGACAGAGGAGGCCUCAGUAGGCACAGUGAUGACUGGACACCUAAAGGGCGAGGGGCUUCUCAUAGUAAUUUACGAAAAACCUUGUCUGCAAACGCAAAGUUUUCUAUAACUCCCGCAUGGCAGAAAUUUCCAGAAAUCACAAAGACUAAUGUAGAUUCAGAAAGUAAACUUGGCCCUCAGGCUGAAAACGCGGCAAAACAUUCGAGUCCAUUCACAGAUGUAAGCCAAGAGGCAGUUCAUAAAGAGGGAUUGCUGUCUAAAUUUAACACACUUGGAAUAUCUAUAGGGAAAAUCGAAGUAUACCAUGAAACGGCAGAUCGCACAGAGGGCUGUAAGUUUGCCAAAGAUCUGCCAUCCUUUCUCGUCCCAGGCAUCCCUCAUUCUCUAGAGAAAGAAACGCCUCAGUCAGAAACUGCUGAAUCUCUACAAAAUGUUGGUAUGAGGAAAGUGGACAGAGGGUCACCAAACGGAGAAGAGAACGUUUCUCCGUUUGGAGUGAAAUUGCGGAGGACAAACUAUUCUGUGCAUUUUAACUAUGAUCAGCAGGCAGAACAGAAGAAGAAGAAGAGAUACAGCGCAGGAGACAGUUUUGAUGGUGUGCCUACCCCGCUAGUUACCCCGGACAAUGAAAAAGAUGCAAAUAAUAUCUUUUUGAAAGAAAGCAAAUCCCCCAGCCAAGAGAAAAAGGAGACGGUUGUUCAUUCUGCAAAGGACAUGCCAACCAACAUUAAUCAAAAUUAUACCACAGCUGCCCCAGUGUGUCCAUCAGCUAGCAGUCAGGGGUCUGCUCCUAGUCAAGAGAAACCUGUCUGUAAAUCCCCACUCCCACAAAAGCCAGCAUUAGCUCCAAAGCCCACCAGCCAAACCCCACCCUCGUCCCCUCUCUCAAAAAUGCGCCGAUCUCACUUAACCGAGUCGGUUGUGCUAAGGGUGGCUAAAACGGAACCUGAUGCCUGUUGGAGAAGAGCAGAGGUGAAAGGGAGCUCUCUGCUUUCACAAGGUCACGAUGAACGCAAGAACGAAGAGGAGGAGUCUAGGGAGAAGAAGUCGUUUUUCCCAUCCAUUACCAUGCCUUGGAGAGAAAAAACAGAGAAAAAGCCAGAGCCGCUGAAAAGAGAAAGGCCUGUUCUACAGAGCAGGCAUUCCAUAGAUGGCUCCAAGGUGAUGGACAAAGUGGAAUCAGCCCAGCCCCUGUGGAUUACGCUAGCCCUGCAAAAGCAGAAGGGUUUUCGAGAGCAGCAAGCCACGAGGGAGGAAAGGCGGCAAGCCAGGGAAGCCAAGCAAGCUGAGAAACUGGCGAAAGAAAAUGCCAGUAUAAACAAUCAGCCGGAUAAUAAAAGCAGCAGUAUCAGCAGAAUAAGUUCAUUGCCGAAGUCCACACCCCAGGAAGAGGAGAAGAAAAUCGAAACUGCCAUGUCAAGGCUUGAACGUCGAGAACAGCUGAAAAAAUCGAACACUCUUCCAACAUCUGUGACAGUGGAGAUCUCAGAUUCUGUUCCCUCGUCACCCUUGGCAAAAGAAGUUGCAAAGAGAUUCUCUACCCCUGAUGUUAAUCCUGUGUCAACAGAACCUGCCUGGCUGGCUUUAGCCAAGAGGAAAGCGAAAGCUUGGAGUGACUGUCCACAAAUCAUUAAGUAAAUGAUGCUGUUUUUGCUGUUUACUGUCAUUUAUUAAUUGCUCUCGAGUUUUUAUUAGUCU